CGGGCAGCGCCGCGAGGUCAGCGUGCAGAUGCAGGCGGCGUGGGCCGAGGCGCACCUGGCGGCCGAGCUCCUCGAGGGCGUGGCCGAGGCGGACGGCGGCGAGCUCGGCUACGGCCUGGGCUUCCUGCGCGCCCUGGCGGCGGAAGCGCCGCGGGCGCUGAAAGGCGCGGGCGGCGCCGCGGCAGCCUGGCGUGGCGUUGCCGCGCGCGUCGCCGAUGAGCUCCUGUGCUGCGACGGGGCGUCCGCGUUCGCCCGCAUGCUGUCCGUCAGAUCCCGUGGCGCCAUGCUCCGUGUGCCGCAGCUGGCUCGCAGACUUCAGGCCGCCGCGGCCAGCUCUGCGCGGUCCCAGGCCACAGCUGCAGCCGCUGCGCCGACCGCCGCUGCAGGUGCGGCCCUGGUGCCGGCGACGAAGUUCAACGAGGUCAAGUUCCACAAGGAGGAUGUGGAGAAGGUGAUGACCGAGCUGCCCGCCUUCAGCUUCUACGAGAUGUCGGAGGACAACGAGCCGAACCCUUACACGAUGAGCACCAUGGACCAUAGCAUCCUCCUCGACCCUCAAGAGCCUGCGCUCGUGGCGCCGAAGAUGGAGUUCUCCAAGCUAGAGAACGGCCUGAAGAUCGCCUCUGUCGACAAGCAGGGCAUGAAGGCGACUCUGGGGCUUUACGUGAACGCGGGGAGCCGCUUCGAGACGUCGGCUAAUUUCGGCGUGUCGCACAUGGUGUCGCUCAUGGGCUACACCUCCACCGCUCAUCUGAGUCACUUGCGCACCGUGAAGACCCUCGAGCAACUGGGUGCGUCGGCCACAUCCGAGUGCGUUGCGGGUCGCGAAGAGAUCGUUUAUAAAGUCGAGCUUAUGCGCGAGUACAUGCCAUACGCCGUGCCGCUCAUGAUCGGGAACGUGCUGUUUCCGCGCCUGCUGCCUUGGGAGGUCAAGGCGGCCUCGAAGAAGGUGAAGGAGGCCCGAGCCGCCGUCGAGGGCGACGCGGACGCCAUGGUCAACGAGCUGCUGCACAAGGCAGCUUACUGCAACAACACUCUCGGCUUCGCCCCGUCCUCCACUGAGAGGUGCAUGCCGUACUUCACUCCAGAGACCAUCCGCUCCUUCAUGCUGGACCACUUCGCGCCGGAGCGCAUGACCCUCGUGGGCGUGAACGUGGCACACUCCGAGCUGAGCAAGUGGGCCAUGCGCUCCUUCGCGGACUACAACGCGAUCCCGCUCAAGAAGCGAGAGGCGGCAAAGGCGAUGUACACUGGGGGAGACCUGCGCAUGGAGGGCUCGUCGCCUUACUGCCACCUGGCCAUCGCCCUUGAGUCCGUGCCGUGGGGGCAACAGGAGCUUGCCCCCGUCACGCUCUUGCAGGCCCUGCUCGGCAGUGCAAGCGCCGUGACCGGCAACAUCGGCUCUGGGCGCACCUCGCGGCUCGCCACGGAGAUCGUGAAGCAGAGCCCCUACGUGGAGUCCUGCGCGGCGUUCAACACCUCCUACUCGGACAGCGGGCUGUUCGGGAUCUAUGGCGUGUGCCAGCCCGACAAGGCGGGCACCAUGGCGUCCGCCAUGCUGAAGUCGCUCACGGGCCUCACCUCCGUGUCCAAGGCGGAGCUCGACAAGGCGAAGGCCAUGCUGAAGGGCAAGAUCUACCGGCAGACUGACGACGGCAGCACCCUCACGCAGGAUCUCGGGCAGCAGAUCCUCCUCUCCGGCAGGUACGGGUCCCCCGCCGACUUCGCGGCGGCCAUCGACGCCGUCUCCGAGGUGACCGCGGCCGCCAAGAAGCUCCUCUCCUCGAAGCCCACGGUGGCGGCGUUCGGCGACACGCACACGGUGCCUCACUACUCGGCCGUGGAGGCGGCGCUGAGGGCGUAG